AUGAAGGAGAUGUCUCUCCGGAAACGUUACGUCCCUUUCCCUAAUAAUCACAAAUUAGUCCCAAAACUUUGCACCAUUUUCAUUAUCAAGAGCUUUCUCAUUACGUUCUGCUUAGUGGCCUCCAUUUAUCUAAUCUCCAAUGCUCAUCUCUUCAAAAAAUAUGCUUAUGAUACUGCUGCGGUUACAAAUAAACAAGAAAAUAUCAGCAAAGAAGAAGAAGAAACAAACAUAUCCCACAUUCUCUUUGGCAUUGGAGGGUCGACUAAAUCAUGGAACAAUCGCUCGAGUUACUCUGAGCUCUGGUGGAGACCAAAUGUAACGCGAGGGUUCGUGUGGCUCGAUGAAAUUCCCCAAGAAAACGAGCCAUGGCCGGAGACAUUCCCACCAUAUAGGGUUUCCGAAGACACUUCCACAUUCAAAUAUACAUGUUGGUUUGGUGACAGGUCAGCUGUGAGGAUUGCGAGAAUUUUAAAAGAGAGUUUUGAACUAGGUUUAAACAAUGUGAGAUGGUUCGUAAUGGGAGAUGACGAUACUGUGUUUUUUACUGAGAAUUUGGUGACAGUUUUGACUAAAUAUGAUCACAACCAAAUGUAUUACAUUGGUGGGAUUUCCGAAAGCGUGGAGAUAAACGUAUUAGGUUCAUACAGUCAGGCAUUCGGUGGCGGUGGCAUUGCUAUUAGUUAUCCUCUGGCGGCGGAGCUCGUGAAGAUAUUAGAUGGUUGCAUUAAUCGCUACCAUUACCUGUACGCUUCUGAUCAAAAGAUUGGUAGUUGUGUGACUGAGAUUGGCGUUUCUCUCACGAAAGAACCCGGUUUCCAUCAG